CGGGCCGCGCCGCGCAGGAGCUCCGCACCCCGCGCCGCACCGUCCCCGGCCCCGGCGGGAACCGCCGCCGCCGCCGCCCGGAGGAAACUGAAGUGAGAAAGACAUAACUGAAAAAGAACGAUUGGAAGGAACAGAUUCAUUUCUCAACAAGAUCAAGUUUGAAUUAAAUGGCUGAUAAACAGAUCAGUUUACCUGCCAAGCUGAUCAAUGGAGGGAUAGCUGGGCUGAUCGGGGUCACCUGUGUAUUUCCCAUUGACCUGGCAAAAACUCGCCUGCAGAACCAGCAGAAUGGCCAACGGAUGUACAGCAGCCUGUCUGACUGCCUCAUUAAAACGAUUCGGUCGGAAGGCUACUUUGGCAUGUACCGAGGGGCUGCAGUGAACCUGACUCUAGUGACGCCAGAAAAAGCCAUCAAACUGGCAGCCAAUGACUUCUUCCGGCAUCACCUCUCCAAAGAUGGGAAAAAGCUGACACUGCUGAGGGAGAUGCUGGCAGGCUGUGGUGCAGGUACCUGCCAGGUGAUUGUCACCACUCCCAUGGAGAUGCUCAAAAUCCAGCUGCAGGACGCAGGACGCAUUGAGGCACAGAGGAAGCUGAUGGCGGCGCAGGGCCAGCCCUCCUCCUCCCCCGCGGCGGCCAAGCCGCAUGUGGAAAAGCGCCCCACAGCGACCCAGAUAACCAGGGAGCUGCUGCGGAGCAAAGGCAUCGCCGGACUCUACAAGGGCCUGGGAGCCACGCUGCUAAGGGAUGUCCCAUUCUCCAUUGUUUACUUCCCGCUGUUUGCAAACCUGAACAAGCUGGGCCAGAAGGACCCCAAUGUCAAGGCUCCGUUCUACGUGUCCUUCCUCUCUGGAUGUGUGGCUGGCAGUACGGCUGCAGUGGCUGUCAAUCCUUGUGAUGUGAUCAAAACGCGGCUGCAGUCCUUGCAGAGAGGAGUCAAUGAGGACACCUACUCGGGGAUCCUGGACUGCACCAAGAAGAUCUGGCAGAGGGAAGGGCCCUUGGCCUUUUUCAAAGGGGCCUACUGCCGAGCCCUGGUGAUCGCUCCUCUCUUCGGCAUCGCACAAGUGGUGUACUUCGUGGGCAUCGCGGAGUUCCUGCUGGACCUGCUCCCCAGGCGCCGGGCCUAGCCCUGCGGGGCUGCCUGUGCCUGCCCCGUGCAGCGCCGGAUCCAUCCCGUGUUCGCCAUCCCUGUCCAUCCGUGUCACAGCAACAGCACAAAGGCUUCGGCAGGGCCGCAAGGGACCUGGGGCCCGCGUGGGCAGACUGGGGAGGGAGAGAGUCCCUUCCCUGCCGCCUCUGGAACCCGCCCCUCCCGCUCCUUCCAUGGACAAUACUUAAUUAUUCCUCUCUCCCUCUCUCUCUCUCUCUCUCUUUCUCUUUUUAAUUUCCCACUUUUUGGUUUUAAAUUGUCAUUCUUAAGGACACUGGUAAGCACAGACUGGGCUUGCAGACCCAGAAGUCUCCUCUCAGUCUUGGGGAGGAGGAGAGAUGGGAAAGUAAUAACUUCAAUCCUCAUCCACUCGAGUUUCCCUUUCUACCUGGAGCUGCCAGCCAUCUGAGGAGGAGCUGGAGGGGCAUCUGUGUCCCCUCAGCACCUCCUUGGCUCUGCUGACCUCGGGUCAAGAAUGAAUGCUGCACAAAGGGGGCUUAACUCAUUGCUGCUGGAGGCAGGGGUGGGGGGGAUGCUGGCUCUGGCAAGUUCCUUGGCCUGGAAACCUUCAGUCCUCCCUUCUCCCUUUUUAAAAACUAGUUGGACUUAAAUGAAUUCUGACUGUUCCUA